AUGUAAUAAUCCAUUUUUGAUUUUGGUAAGACAAUUUCAAGUUUUUGGCAUCUUUGUGAUAAAUGUUUGCUUGAUGAACAACCUGAUCUAAUAGAGUCUGAAUUUCUAGUUGGUUCUAAAUAAAGAAUCAAAAAAAAAUUUCUUUUGAUGAGUGAAACCUCAUUGUUUAAAGUCUCAGUAAUGUAACUCAAAAUAGCACCCCUUCUUACUAUGCAUGUUUAAUUUAUAGAUCCAUCUUCAGAUCAUUUUGUAUAACUCAAUUCAGAUGAGACAUUAUAUGGAUUUAGACUUUCCUAUCAAGGUAAGAGUCUCGAGAUUUUUACUUCGGAUAAAACGAACUAUGAAGUUUGGAAGUCUCACUUUCGAUUGAAGUGCAUUAUGAAUAAUUUUCAUGAUGCUUUUUCAGUAUCAAAAAUGAUUGGCAAAGGCAGUUUUGCAAAAGUGUAUUCAGCGACAAAAAAAGAAAAUAAUAACUAAUAUGCAAUAAAGGCAUUCAGCAAAAGCUAUAUGUCUCAACAAUCAAAGGGAAUUGAGAGUCUAUUAAAUGAGAUAAAAGUAAUGAGAAAAUUGAACCAUCCAAACAUUGUAAAAUUGCAUGAAGUUCAUGAAACAACUAAUUCAAUUUACUUUGUUUUGGACAUGAUAUAAGGAGGAGAAUUAUUAUAACGAGUGCGUGAAACAGGUAUGAAUUUAUAAUCUACAAUUGAAAAGAAACUGGCCUUCAAUUUGAUAAGUGCAUUGAGACACAUGCAUGAAAAUAAUCUGAUUCAUAGAGAUUUGAAGCCUGAGAACCUGCUGUUGAAGUCAAGAGACAAUAAUUAUGAAAUCGUUUUGGCUGACUUUGGAUUAGCCACCAGUCUCAAUGAAGAACCCUUAUUCAAAAGAUGUGGUACACCAGGCUUUGUCGCUCCUGAAAUCCUUGAAUACAUAGAUGGAUUGGAUUUCUAUUGUGAUAAAUGUGAUGUCUUUAGUGCAGGGAUAAUCUUGUAUCUUUUGAUUACUGGCAAUACUCCAUUUGCAGGGAUUGAUUAGAAAUCUAUCCUAAAGAAUAAUAAAUAAUGUGAAGUGGAUUUUAAGGAUCAAUAAUUUAAACUGGCUCCAAUCUAAAUGCAAGAUCUAGUAUAAUCAAUGCUCAUGAAGAAACCUUCUUUGAGAUUGAGUUCAGAAGAAUGUUUAAAACAUCCUUAUUUCAAAGAAUUGGCUAAGGAAUACAACAGAUAAACAGAGAAAUAUUAAAAGAAUCUCCAAGGAUAUUCAGAAUUUAAGAAUGCUGUUAAAAUAGGAACUUAAGAAAUUGAAUAGAGAUCUCCCUUAAACUUCAACUCCUCUGAUUCAAUAUCCUCAAAUGUCUCUAUAACAAGACAAGACCAAAGGAAAUCCUCUAUCGUGGUUGGAGCAUCAAAAUUUUGUUAAUAUAGUGCUAAACUAUCAAAGCAAAAUUCAAGAGAGAUUACUGGUAAAUUACUUCUCUAGUAUAUAGAUAUACCAUAGAAACAGGAACCAAAAAAGUAAAAGGAUUUACAUAGACUUGCCCUUACUAACAGUCAACUUAAACAUAUGGCUAGCAGUAAAUAAGAUAGUAAUGAUGAUCCUACAGCUGAAAAUUGCAAUAUAGGAGCAAUGGUGAGAUAAUACAACUCCACUAGACAAAUAAGGAUACCAGAUAGUACAUUAAAAAUAAAAGAGUGCAAUACUCCUACACUGUAAAAACAAUGA